AUGAAGAAUCCGAUUCCAUCAGAUGUUUGGGAGGCGAAGAAGGAGCUUAUUGCAAAGCUGUAUAAAGACGAGGAAUGGCCGCUCAAACAAGUCAUUAAGCAAAUCCGAACGGAGGAUUUCGAUCCAAGUGAAACCCAACUGCGAAGCAGACUGAAGAAAUGGCGCGUCACCAAGCCUUCCCGCCAAACUCGGAAGAAAGCCCAGCAUAGCGAGCAAGAGACCUGCGGGGAUGCAGAGCAGACUUCUCCCAAGCAGAAGGAAGAGAAAAAGGAGGUGUCUACCGCAAACCCAGGAUGGCACAUAGUCAAUGGACUAUAUUCACCUCAAGACCAUUAUCUACCUACUGCAGCUCCUUUCAAGAAAGAAGACACUGCAAAAUUAUGUCUGCCAGAGGCACAACGGCAGCCGCAGUCCAAGGACUCCCCAAAUGGCGAAGAAAACCCCGGCGGUCCGCACGAUAUCCAAGAAUUUACAAAUGCCAUUACAGACCCCAAUUCCUACGACGAAUUAUAUUCAUCUCCAGCUGUCGGAAAUGUCUUGAUGAAUAAUGUAACACCGGCUAUGAUACCGACUUACCCUAAUACCACAUAUCCCAUUUCACCCGUGUCGCGCUUGCAAAGCCCCUUGCCGACAGCAACAACGGCAUGUCCAGUUCGAUGGCCGGUAGUCUCUGACCAUGGUAACUUUGGGGUCAGUUCAUCCAUGAUCCCAGUUCCUCAAUGGUAUUCCGUGACUUCCGAUCCGACGAGCCAGCCUCUACCAAUGCCAUACUACGCCAUCACACCAACACAGCAUUCUACAACUUGCUAUGAGGAGUACGUACAGUCAGGGCUGCCGCAGACACCUGGUUCAAUGUAUUCGCCUCAGUCGCCGGAAUAUGCUUGCUUGUGGCGAGAAGAUACGGAUGAGGCGAAGCCAUGGGAGGAAGCCAAGUCGACCUAUCAUGACUUACUAGACCUCGAAGGCGGCGAUUUCAGAGUGGAACAUCAGGAGAGAUUAUUACGGAUCCACGGGAACGAGCGGCAGGCCGAGAAACCCACUUCUGGAACUAUGAUGUUCAACGGAUGUCUCUGGAACCACGGCGCCUUUCCACUGGUUUAAUGGUCCUUUACUAUGUGCCCUAGUUCACCCUGGCUCUUCCAUUCUUUUUCCAGAAAUUCCUGAGGGAUCGACGUGUUUCACCUGUCGAAAACUUUACUACAUGCAGCAUGAUAGUUUCUCCCGCUCUAUCUCCCCCACGCCAAAAGAGAAGGGUCAUCGAUUCGGAUCACCGCUCCCUUCUCUUCGUCCUUUCUCGUCGCCUAUUUUACACCGCAAUUCCCUCCAUAUUGAUGGCGAUUUAUCCAGCAUAAAAUGCUUUCCCCUCGGCUGUUAAUCCACUAUGCUUCUGGACUGGUGACUAUUUAUGUCAUCAUAUUAACGCACUUGAUGGCGUGUUCCAUAACUAAAAAACUUUUCAAAGGGGAGUACGGAUUGGAUUGGUUUGGUUUGGCAGCAUGUUCUUUGGAGAUGCUUAGAGGCGUAUUGGUUGUAUCGGUUCGGCGCGCAUAGGAACUAUUGGAAGUUGUUCUUUUUUCUUGAUAUUUCCACCCCCUUUUUUUCCCUUUCUGUUACAUCCGUUGUCUGUUGUUCUAAUGGUGCAUACUAUAUAUAGAAUUAUUGGUAAUAUGUAAGUGUAAUAAUAGCAUGUUUGUCCAUGCAGAAUGGAUGUCAACUCUUUACGCACAA